AUGGAACCAAAUUGCAAUAAAGACCAACUGAUCACGGAAGACUUAAUUCGUGUGUCCAAUGUAUUUGAACUACAUACCAUUACUGACAAAAUAGAUGAUUUACCAAUCAAUGAGAGUCAAUCAAUGGAUAAAGAACACCACUACUGGAAAGCCUUCUUAGGAAUUACAAUGGGAUUACUGUCAGGUGCAAGUCUAGCAAUCUAUGAUACAUUCGCCCUGCUGUGCAUCAAGAUUGGUUAUUCACCAUCACAGGUUAUACUUGUAAAAUCACUGAUGAUGAUGGCAAUAACUAUUCCGUUGCUUGUCUACAAGAAAAUCAACAUUGUGUCACUAAGACGACAGGACACACUGUUGAACAUAGCUAAAAGCAUUUGUGAGAUUGCAGGGUCACUAUUGUUUUACUAUGGUAUGAGUAAUAUUGGAGUGGGAGAUGCGUCUUCAAUAGCAGCAGGAACAACACCAAUAUUCACACCACUUUUCGCCUGUAUAUUCAUACAGGAGACGUUUAAAUUCCACAACUGUGUUUCUGUAGUAACAAAUGUAAUUGGAAUUGUAUUAAUAUCUCACCCCAAUUUUAUCUUUGACACUGAUACAAACGCGCCUCCUCUCGGAUAUGUGUACGCCCUUUUAGCAGGGAUCCUCCUCGCGAUUGGCGCAGUUUGUUCCAGAGCAAUGUCUCAUGGUCUGUCACUUAUAGUUGUUGUAUUCUAUAAUGGGUUAUGUGGUACUAUAAUUAUGUUGAUAUUAGUGUACCCUACAAGUAAUGAUCGGAUAUAUACGUUGAUACCUGAAUGUCCUAUCGCGAUUGCAUAUCUAGUAGGAGUGGUAGCAUUUUUUGUCGCUUUCUUGUACUCGUUCAACCGAUCGUUACAGUUGCAGAGUGCGGGUAAAACCACAAUUUUAUUUAACAUCAAUAUUGUUACUGGCUUUGUAGCUGACGCCAUUGUAUUCCAUAAACAUAUAGUUGAUUUAGAAAUAAUCGGCUCUGCUCUUGUAAUUCUCAGUUCUAUUAUUGUAUUUGUGACCACGUGCUUUGAAAUGAAGCACAGAGUUGGCGAAGAAACAAAUCUUCUUGAGAAACCCAAAUAA